AUGACCCAUCUAGAACAGCAUCGCAGCUCGAUCAGCUCGGCCAAGAGUCCGUGUCUGUCGCGCCAGGGUACGCUGCGCUCGUCGCACCGGCGUAAGAGCAGUCUCGGAGCAUCGCUCAACCUGAGCCAGGGUCGUCGAAGCCCGAGCAGCAUGCUGAACGAUCGUAGCCCAUCCGGACGUCCGAAAAGUCCCAACCUGCUCAUUACCGAUCAAGCGUAUGCGUCCAGCUUCGAUCGCCGAUCGCCGACGGCGAUGUCCUUCUCGGGACGCCGCAGCCCAUCCGGGCUGCGGUCACCUUCCGGCGGCCUCCGGUCGCCUUCCGGCCGUCGGAGCCCACUCGGCUUCAACCUGCAGUCGGAGUACUCGGAACUGCUGCAAAGCCAGCAGGAACGAUUCAGCCCCAACUCACUCAGCAGCCACCAGUCGGCGAGUGGACCGGAUCGGCGUACGAGCCCCACCAUCCAUCUACCUCCAGAGCGUAGCCGCAGUCCGGUCGGGUUCGGGUCCCGGCUCGGCGGCAGCCUGUACGGGCCAGGAUCGGAAUCGCGCUCGUCCCGCACCAGCCCCACCACGCUCGGUACCAUUCCACCGAUCACCAUCUCCAAUCCCUCGGAGACGUACGAGAUCGUACAGAAGUCUAUCGAAACGCACCAACAGCAGCGCAGCCCCAAAAGUCCCAAGAGUCCCAAAAGCCCGCUGAAGCCCGACCCGGGCGCGGUUGGGUCAGCGCCGGAAAAGAAAGAGAAAACGAGCGUCAUGAAGGAGAUAUUGGCGUUCGUGCGCAAACCCUCGAAGAAGGUAACGACGCGCACGAGCAAAUUUGCGGCCGCCUUCACGCGCACCGAAUCCACCACCGGUGCGCCACUGCUGCGCCAGAGCACUUUCUCCAGCAUUCAAAACUCGUCCAGCUGCGCUGGCCGGAAUGCGAUCACGAAGCAGAUGUCGGAGAUUGCGUUCGAGCCGAUCAUGUCCUCACUCAAGUGGAAGAAUGUAGGAUCGAAGAUGUCGCUCAAAUCGCUCAAAAAGCUUUCGCAGGGCAUGAGCGUCACCUCGGACGGGCGCUCGCGGGACAAGCGCUCCAGUGGCGAUGAGGUGAGCGAUGUCGAGAGUAGCGAUGGAACAGCAGCCACCACCUCGGCAGGCAUACCCGGUGGGCCAGAUGCCGUGUUCGAGGUGCUUGAGAGCGUCCAUUUUGAGAAGGUCGGCGAAGCGUACAUCAAGCACGAUCAGAUCCGCGAAGAGGAAAGCCCCCGGGGCUCCCAGGAUAGUGCGGCCGGUAGCGACGAUGAGGGGCGCAACGGCGCGGAUAGCGGUCGGCUCCGGGUGACAGCUGUCAGUGAGAUCAAAAAGUCUUUGGAGGCUCUUUUUACGCGCCAGGAACCGAUUGAUGAGGCGGGUGAGAUAGUGCCAAACCGGGAACCGGACGCGAUCCAGUGUCCGACGUUUGAAAUUGAGCCACCCUCGAGAAGGGCCUCGUUCGAUCCACCGCGAUCACCGUUCCUGGAGAAUCUGCGUAGUCUCAGCGAUACCGAUCAUGAGGGCACUCAUCACAGCCGGCUAGAUUCGGGUGGCGAUAGUUUCGAGAUGAUUGACACGACGGAUCGAAUGCCGGGCUCGAGCGUCUCCGGUGAUCGGCACUCGUCGAUGGACACCAGCUUCGAUAUCUCGCGCUAUCAAUCAACCAGCUACGAGGAUCAGAACUCAAGCUUCGAGCUGGUGGAGCUGGACAACUCCCAGCGCGGUGACAAAACUCUCUCGCCGUUCGACAUUCGCAAAUCGUCGAUCGAGCUGGUCGAUGCCGAAACCUUCCAGCGUUCCGGCUAUCCUGAAGGUCGCAAGUCUUCGCUCGAAACGCACUUCGAUCUGCAGAUCUCCGAACCGGGCCGCUGUCGGGACUCGCUGCCAAGAUCCGGCACGGGACCAUCCACCAGCACCGGCAUGAAAACGCACUACUCAGCACCUCAUCGGGCCAAGUCGCCGCUCUCCAACCAGACCUCAUCUAACUUUAGCUCGCGCGACAGCUACGACUCGAUCUUUGAGUCUACCGGUCCACCGCCUCACUACCACUCCCAGCAGCGCAGUCCCUACUCGUCGUCCGACCCGAAGCAACACUUUCCACUGCCACCGCGCAAAUCGUCCAACGAGUCGCCCCGCUUCCUCUGCACCGACAAGCGCUGUGCCGCCAUCUUCGAACCGCGCCCGUCGGUCGGUUCGAUCGGGCCGGUCGGUAUGGCGGGUAUGGCGGGCACGGCGACCGGUCGGCUGUCUUCCUGCUACCUGGACACCUCGAGCGGCAGCGAGUUUGAACCACCGUCACCGCGCCGCGCCGCCAGUGCCUCACCCAAGCACACCUUCACCUUCCGGAUCGUGCUGAAGAAGGUGGACAGCUCGCCGGACGCCAUCUGCCCGUCGGCCGAACGGCGCCAGCUGCGGGAGAAGGCCGACGGUCGCCACAAGCGGCGCGACAGCCGCCGGAAGAAGCUGCUCGAGAUAGGGAAAAGCUUCUAAGCGGGGAGCAAACGUAAACGAGAUCAUCAGAACCGAGCAAGGGUUGGAUCUCAACUUCACGAAGGAAUUGCGUUUCAUUUGUGUUCGGUUCACCGGGACCCGGGAAGGAAGUGUUUCAGUACGGAGACGCAGCACUGUUUCGCGCAGUGCCUGCUGGAACUCUGGAACUUUACCGAACGUUUGAAUGCUUUCUGGUUGCGUUACACUUUAUCACUUUAUGGCACAUUAUCGCGGGUACUUCAACAGUGACUGCUCUCAGUAAGUCAAUGCGCAAAGGAACAGUAAUUACAGUUUUGCAAACAUUUACAUACACUCUAGCCGUCGUUUUUUGCAUGUCUUUACAGUCAGAUUCAACCAUAUCAAUAAUCGAUCGAUUCCAAGUUUUGAAUAAUGCAGUAACCCCUUGUGAAUCCCCAUCGUGUAACAGUUCACAAUUUCAAGAACCACUUCCCGGAUGUUAAGAACGUUUUUAAAAUCUCCAUCUCCUGUGUGUGUGUGUGUGUCGACAAGCACACGUGCGCACUCCUUACAAACGAAAAGUGUUCAAGUAAUUCAAGUAAUAUUACGACAAGCUGAAACAUAUUAAAACAUGAAACGAAUUGUGUAAGAGAACUAAGCUCCUUACCGUUACCGUUCCUCCUCAGGUGUAAUUGAUAGUCGUCGUGUAUAGGGUAUCGGGGCAGAUGGCUAGCAAACUGUCACUGUUGUUAUAACGCACUGUAAACGUAACGAGACAACUCGAUCACUCUUUCCUGUUUUCCGCCACCGAAUGGAUAUCGAUGGUGUUUCCAGGAUGGAUCCAUUCCGUUUCCGGCACAGGCACGACACCUUGUUUCCAAUUGUGUUUACGUUUUCCCGUCCGUGCCUUUUUCCCGCCCUUAACCAAGAGAUACCGUGAUGUUGAACUGCAAUUAGCAUACAUUCGAUAAAGCAUCGCUGAGCGCGAGUAAACUAUGUAUAUGAGAAACCAGUAGUAAAAAUGUUACAUUUUUCAACUCAUUCGUAAAUUUAUCAAAUGUUACUCCGCGUCGUAGAGCAGAUAAUCGUUAUUCGGUCCGAUCAAUCAGU